AUGAAUUCAAAUUUAAAAUAUGACGAAAAAUAUUUAUAUAAUAAAAUAUAUGAACUAAAAAAUUUGAAAACAAUAAAAACAAAUGAGUUGAUAAAUAAUUAUGUAAUUUACUUUGUUUUAUUUGUUAAAAAAAUUAUUGAAAAAAAUGAAAAAAAUAAAAUAUUAACAGAAAUAAGUAAAGAAAAGAAAAGAAAAGAAUUAAUAAAAGAAAAUAUAGUGAAAAUAAAGGAUAAAUUAAAAGUAGGUAAAAAUGGAUUAACAUUAAAAGAAAUACAAUAUAAUAAAAAUAGUGAGGAAAACAAACUGUUUGAAAAAGAAAAAAAUAAAAUAGAAUAUGAAGAAAAUUCUGAAGACAAUAGAAGUGAUGAUAAAUGUAAUUUUGUCAAAAUAUGUAAUGAUUUAAAUUCUGCCUUUCACAUUUGUAUAUUACUAUUAGUUAAUAAUAUAAAAAAUAAUGAAGAGGAAUUAUUUCAUAAAAAAAGUUAUGAUAAAAAUUCUUAUUGUAGAGAGAGAAGCUAUGAAGAUUUAGAUAAAAUUGAUAAUACACAAAUUAUGGAACAACAAGAAAAGAAAAAGGAAGAUGAAAAUUUAAACAGAAUUAAUAAGAAUAAUUUAUUUUUUCAAUUAAAUUUAUUAUAUAUUUCAUUAUGCUUUUAUAAUAUGUAUUUAUUAAAUGAUAAUAAUUAUUAUUUGAAUUUUAGCUUAUUCUUAUUUUUAAAUAACUUUCAUUAUUUUAAAAAUAAAGAAAUUAUUCAUUAUAUUUGCAUUGAAAAUGUUUAUGUAAAAUAUGAAAUAUCCGUACCAAAAUUUUUAUUUGAUAUUUGUAAUACUAUAGGAAUAAUUUAUAAAAAACAAAAGGAUAUAUAUACUUCUAUUUUUUUUUUUACCUAUAGCUUUUUUUUUUUAAAAUAUAUUAAAAAAGAUGAUAAAGAUAUGAAUAAAGAUAAAAAAGAAAUUCAGAAAAUAAAUGUUUUGCAAAACCUUAAUGAAAUAUUUUUAGAAUUUAAUUUUUUUUCAAUUUCUACCUAUUUUAUUUUAAAAACUAUCGAUUUACACUUAAUAUUUUUAAAAAAUAGUAUUGAAAAUAUAGAAAGGGAGAAAAAGGAAAUAGAAUUAGAAAAAGAAAAAAAUAUAAAGAUAAAUGAUGACACAAAUAAGAGAGAAAUAAAAAAUAAAAGUGAGAUAAUAGAAGGAUAUUCUAUAAAUGAAAAUAAUAUUUUACAUUGUUCUAAUAAUUAUAAUAAAGAUAAUAUUAAUUAUCAUUUGGAUAAUGAAUAUAAUAGUAAUAUAAUAAGAGAGAAAGAUAUAUAUUUUGAUGAAAAAUUAAAAAAUAUAAUGGAUACAUAUAUUUCAUUAUAUAAUAAUAUAAAUGAAUGUAGUUAUAUAUUUCUAGAUAUGCAUUUAUUAUCAAUAUAUGAGCACUUAAAUUUUGUUAUCUUUUAUAUGACUAAAGAUGUUUACAACCUAUUUCAUAUAUUAAAAAGAGAAAAAGAAAAAAAGAUAUUAUUUGAGUAUAAAUAUAUGACUUAUAGAAAUUUAUUAGAGAUCUAUAUUAUAUAUUUGAAGUACAAUUAUUUAAAUUAUUCUCAAAAUGAUUAUAAUUUAGAUAUUUAUAAAAAUGUACAUCAUAUAUAUGAAAACAAUGAAAAGAUAGAAAAUUUGUUUCAUUCUUUGUUAAGAAAAAAUAAUUUUUAUUUGGAUGAUCAAAAAAAAAAAAAAAAAAAUGUAAAUAGUGUUAAUAAUAAUGAAAUUAUUAGUUGUGAAAAUUUAGAUAGUAUAUUUACUAUUAAUAAUAAUUUUAAUAAAAUGAUAACUGAUUAUUCUGAGAAUAAAGAAAUUGCAAACAAUAAAAUAAUAAAUACUGACAAAAAAUAUAUUAAAGAAUGUUUUGAUGAUAAGAAAAUUUUUAUUUGUGAUAAUAAUAAUAAUAUAGAAAAAAAUGUAAUAUAUUUAGAUAAUGAAAUAAGCAUUGAUACAGCAAAUGUAUGCUAUGAAGAAACAAAAAAAAAAUUAUUUCUACAAACAAAAAGAAAUAAUUUUCAUGAUUUUUCUAUAUAUGAUAAUAAUAUUAUAUAUAGCUUCAUUUUUCAACAUAUUUUAAAAGAAAAUAAGUUAAAUUUUGAUAAUAAAGAAGAAGAAAACAUAUUUUUUGUCAAUAAUGCUUACGAAAAAAUGUCUUUUUUAAAAUUUUUCCAAGAUACCUUAAAAGAUAUGGAUGAACUAGUUGAACAAAUUUUUAUUCUAAUGAUAAAACAAAAUACUUCAAUAAAAAUUGAAAUAGAUGUAGAUUGUUUUGAAGAAUUUAUUAAAAUUUUUCAAUUUAACAAUAUAAACUUGGCAAAUAUGAAUAUAAAAUUUUGUAACUUUUCUAACUCAAUAUAUAAUAAUUUGGCUAUACAUAAAAUAAAAAAAAUAUAUAAAAGUUUUUCUAAAUAUAGAAAUAAUAAGGAAUAUAUUUCCUUUUUGUUAUCAAAAAAUAAAAAGGAAGAAAAUUUAACAAAGUUUUUAAAAUAUAUACACUAUUUUUGUUAUAAUUAUGAUGAAAUAUUAUUUUUAUUUAAAAAUAUAAAAAAAUAUAAAAAGAGAAGUUUUGAAUAUUUCUCUUUAUUUGAUCAAACAACCUUUCAUUUAGAUAUUUUAUUAAACUCAAGUGAAUCAUAUUUUUAUUUCAACUUUUUUAUUAAAUCAUUUAAUUUAUAUAUAAAGAAUUAUUUAGAAAUUAUAAAUUCCCUAACAUAUCCUAUAAAUUACAUAGAAAAUAAACAAUACUUAUUUUAUAAAAGGGAAUUAAUUUUAAAAUGUGCUCUUUUGUUAAAAGAUGUUUAUAUAUGUAAAAAGUUAAAUACAUUUAAUGAAAAUAUUUAUUUUAAUACAAUUAACCAAAAAAAAAACUUAAAUUUUGAUGACAAUCUCAGUGGUAUUUUAAGUUUAGAACAAAAAAAAACUAUAAUGCAGAUAAUGAAAUAUUAUUUUUCUUUUUUAAAUACUUAUGAAAAAGAUGAUAAAACUAAUGAAAUAAUUUUUGAAAAUGAAGAAGAAAAAAAAUCAUAUUUUGAUAUAUAUUUUUAUGUUUGCAAAACUUUAUCAUCAGUUGAUGAUAAAAUUUUUAUAUCUAAUUCAAUACAACAAUAUAAAUACUUAUUAAAUUAUUCCUUAAAAUACAAAAUGUAUGAAGAUGAAAAAUAUAAUGAAUAUAUGCAAAAUCUUUGUAAAAAAUCCAUUUAUUUAUUAAAUUUAAAAUUAAACGAAAUGAAUUAA